AUGAGGCAAGCGGUCACCUCCGAGGUGCCCGCGCUGGCGACCGCGGCGGAGUACUUCUUCAAGGUUGGAGCGGAGGGUAAGAGGAUGAGGCCGACGGUGCUUCUCUUAAUGGCGUCCGCGCUCACCGACCUCUCAUCGGGCGGCGCCGACGCACUCAGCCGCGCCAGGGCGGCGAGCGUUCCGGACGACACCAGGCGGAGGCAGCAGCGGUUGGCAGAGAUCACCGAGCUCAUCCACGUCGCAAGUCUUUUGCACGAUGACGUGCUGGACAGCGCCGCGACGCGACGCGGCCUGAGGGCGCUGAACCUGGAGGUUGGGAACAAGCUGGCGAUCCUCGCGGGCGAUUUCCUGCUCGCGCGCGCGUCCGUCACGCUUGCGUCGCUGCGCAACACGGAGGUCAUCGAGCUGCUGUCGAGGGUCCUCGAGCACCUGGUGACGGGAGAGGUUAUGCAGAUGACCGCCAAACCCGAGCGGCUCAUGUCCUUCGAUCACUACUUUCAGAAGACGUACUUCAAAACCGCGUCGCUCAUCGCCAACAGCGCCAAGGCCAUCGUGCUCCUCGGCGGGCACGACACGGAGACGGCCAGCCAUGCGUACGACUACGGCCGACACCUCGGUUUGGCGUUUCAGUUCCAGGACGACGUUCUGGACUUUGUCGGCAGCGGGAGCGUGCUGGGUAAGCCGACGCUCGGGGACCUGAAGGAGGGAAUCGCGACCGCGCCGGUGCUGUUCGCGGCGGAGGAGCACCCGCAGCUGUCGGCGCUGAUUGAGAGGCGAUUCAAGCACGUGGGGGACGUGGAACUCGCGCACGACCUGGUCAAGCGGAGCGACGGGAUCGAGCGGACGAAGGAGCUGGCGAGAGAGCACAGCGCGUUGGCCGUGAAGGCGGUGGAGGCGCUGCCGUCGAUCGACUGUCCACACGCGCUGCGGUGCAGGAAGGGUCUCAAGGAGCUGGCACACAUGGCUGUAAACCGGAUCAAGUGA